AUGGCGGUGUUCGGUUGGAGCGGCUGCAGUGGUGAGCGCGCAUGGGUGGCCGUCGUAGGCGCGAGCACAUGUUGCUACAGCCGGCGACCGCUUCCUCCAUAUGGCGGCGCCCCUUACCCCCUCCCCACCUGCAGCCGCACCCCCUUCUCCAACGAACAUCUUCUUCCCCAACCGGCGGAUUUAUUGCACAGAGAUGGCAGAGUGGAAAGCCAGAUACUAGGAGAAGUUUGGCUUCGUGUUUAUGAUUUGUGCCUCUCAGAGGACUGCACCAAGCUAAGGUCACCAGUGGCUUGCAACAACUUCCUGAUGCUUCUUGCAGAGAUUGUGCAGGUCAUGCUAGACAAGUGCUAUAUUUUGCAGGAGUCAUAAGGUAGCAUCAAGGUAAAAAAAAAUUGUAUUUGUAGUGCAUUUUGGAGUAUUCCAUCAGAGUGAUUCAAUCCUACAUCCUACUUCAAGAAUGUUAUUCUCACGUACCAUUUGAUAAUGUGUAGCAGCCUGCCAAUGUAAUUAUAUCCUUUUGAUCCAAGGUAAAAAAAGAAAAUUAUAUUUGUAGUGCAUUUUGGAGUAUUCCAUCAGAGUGAUUCAAUCCUA